AUGCCGCCGUCGUGGCGAGAUGGCCUCGUCAACGCUUUCCCCAUUCCACAAGAUCGCAAGAAGUCAAAAAAGGCACUGAAAAGCAGUCUGGUCACAUCGCCGCCUGCUGUCAAUGUCGCCUCCGAGGUCGUCUCGACUAUUCCUGUCAAAACAUUCCCUUUCAUGGACCUCCCUGCAGAAAUCCGCAAUGACGUUUAUUCGUUAGUACUCUUCACAAGCGUGGGCUACCGUGGACUGGACGGGAGGAAGAAGUCCCGUACGUCCAUCUUGGCCGUGGACAAGAAAAUUCAUCUCGAGGCAUCUUACGUUCUCUACAGCUCGCAGAGCUUCAGGAUCUUUCCUAUCCAAGAUUUCGUGCCGUAUCCGUUGGUGUCAGAACUGCGGCCUGUCUAUCGGCCCAUGGUGACGCAAUUAGAGAUGACGGUAGGAUCCAGCUGGACUAAUCCACCCAAGACGUGGCGAGUCAGCAAACUCCUGGCCAAACGUCUUGGAAGGUUGACUGCAGUGCAGACGUUGAAAGUGUUCGUGACGCUGGAUCCGAGCGGACCGAUGUUUGAGAAAUAUCGCAUCUCGCCAGACUUCUACACUGGAUUUUGCGGUGAUUUAUUCCGUGAUGUGCUGGGGGUGAUGCCACACAUCCAGCUAAUUACCAUGGAUGGCAACCCGAGUAUCGACUCGACGGGACCACUGGUCACUCGACUUCGAGCCGAGGCAGAGGCCAAGGGCAAAACGGUCUUGAUGGGCAAAACCAAGCGGAUCGCCACCCCCGACGGUGUACAGAUGGUCUUUUGGCAAUGA